AUGGCUUACUCAGAAGCAUAUCUUAAGCUGUUUGUUUUUGUAAUCUUUCCCCUGCAUAUUUUAGCACAAACUAAGUUUACUAUACCAUUGGGAAGCUCUCUCACAGCAAAUGAAGAAAUCACCCCAUGGCUAUCUCAAUCCGGAGAUUUUGCAUUCGGAUUCAAGCAAAUUCAAGGUCAAAACCAGUUUUUGCUUUGUAUAUACUAUGCCAAGAUAAAAGAUGCCACCAUAGUUUGGUAUGCAAAUGGUGGUUAUCCAGUUCCACGAGGCUCAGUCGCGAAUUUACACCCUAAAAAUGGACUAAAUCUCCGUGAUCCUCAGGGGAAAAUGCUUUGGAGCAGUGGUCCAAUUGUAUCUAAUGUUGCUUAUGCUGUCAUGAAUGAUACAGGGAACUUUAUUCUUGUUGGAGUUGAUUCUUCAGUUUUAUGGGAAAGUUUUCGAUAUCCAACUGAUACCAUUCUGCCUACUCAAAUACUAGAGAUUGACAACAAGUUGGUUUCUCGGAAAUCAGAGUUUUCCUUUUCUCCAGGUAGAUUUUACCUUCGUAUGUUGAAUAAUGGGAAUUUGGUGCUUGUUACUCAAUCCAAGCCAACAAACUUCGAUUAUGAUGCUGAGUAUUACAACAGUCAUACUUCUGAUCCUGGAGAUGUAGCCAAUUCUGGUUAUCGAUUGAUCUUCGAUGAGUUGGGUUCAGUUUACAUAUUAAAAAGAAACAAUCAAAGACUUAUGCUGACACCUCCCAACGUCCCUUCAAUUUCAGAAAAUUAUCACAGGCUAAGUCUCGAUUUUGAUGGUGUUUUGACUCAUUAUUAUCGUCCCAAGAGUAGUAGUUCUACGGGGGACCAAGACCAAAGGUGGACUACUCUUUGGUCUCAGCCUGAUAACAUAUGUCUAGCAAUUCUUGAAGAAAUUGGAAGUGGAGCUUGUGGGUACAACAAUGUGUGUCAUCUUGAUGAAAAUCAGAGACCAUAUUGUGAGUGUCCAAAAGGGUAUUUGUUGAUCGAUCCGAACGAUAAGUACGGGAGCUGCAAACCGAAAUUUGUUCCAAGUUGUGAUGAACUUGGACAGGAAAAUCCUCAAGAUUUAUAUGAUUUUGAUGUGGUGACGGAUGUUGAUUGGCCAUUAUCAGAUUUUGAGAGGAUUUAUCCUUGUGUCGAAGAAGAAUGCAGGAAGGCUUGUUUAGAAGAUUGCUUUUGUGGUGUUGCUAUUUAUAGAAGCAAUAGUUGCUGGAAGAAGAAACUGCCAUUGUCAAAUGGGAGAGUAGAUACCACUUUGAAUGUAAAAGCUUUUCUUAAAAUAAAGAAAAUUUCAAAGUAA